UUCCCUGACCUCUCCUCUUAUCCUAUCCAUCUCUUUCUCUCCGAAACCAAAACCCCUUUCACAAAAAAAAUGACUUCUGCGACUACAGCUACUUCAUCUCUCAUCAAGUCCCUUGCUUUAUCAAUACCCACUUCUUGUUCUUCCUUAUCUUCCCCAUUCAAAUCUUCACUUCUCUCCUUACCCUCCAAGCCCAUCGCAUUCACUCACUUAUCUUCUUCAUGGGUCUCUCUUAAACCCAAGAUUUCUGGGUCUGUUCUGGUGCCAUUUGUUGCACAGACCUCAGAUUGGGCCCAAGAAAGUGGGCCUAUUGAUGGGGUUGAGUCUGGAAUUGAUGUAAUUACUGAAGAUGUGGGAGUGAUAGAAGAAGAAGAAGUGGUGGUUGAAGAUGUUGAAGGUGAAGUGGAGGAGGAUUCUUAUGAGGAGCCACCUGAGGAAGCUAAGGUCUUUGUGGGUAAUUUGCCUUAUGAUUGUGAUAGUGAGCAGCUGGCUGCUCUUUUUGGACAGGCUGGUGUUGUUGAUAUUGCUGAGGUAAUCUACAAUAGGCAAACUGACCAAAGUCGAGGAUUCGGGUUUGUGACAAUGCAUACCGUAGAAGAAGCUGAGAAGGCUGUGGAGAUGUUCAGUCAAUAUGAUUUAAAUGGAAGGUUUUUGACUGUAAACAAGGCUGCUCCUAGAGGUUCUCCUCCUGAAAGACCUGCCAGAAUGUUUGAAUCUUCUAACAGAAUAUAUGUUGGCAACCUGCCAUGGGAUGUGGAUAGUGGCCGUCUGGAGCAGCUUUUUAGCGAACAUGGUAAGGUUGUUGAUGCCCGAGUUGUUUCUGAUCGAGAAACUGGUCGUUCACGUGGAUUUGGAUUUGUAACAAUGGCUAGCGAGACGGAACUGAAUGAUGCCAUUGCAGCUCUUGAUGGAAAGAGUAUCGAUGGAAGAGCAAUCCGGGUGAAUGUUGCAGAAGAACGCCCACGGCGAUUCUAGUUAGCUUGAGUUGAUUCUUUUGGCAGAUCAAAUGAAAUGUGCUUGGCCGGGGUACAUUAAGUCGUUUUCUUUCUUUCUUUCUUUUUUCCUUUCCUUUUUUUCUAUUUUGUAUUUUUUAUCUGAAGAGAAGGCAAUUUUAGAGGUGUAGGAGUUGCAAAAUUUUCCUUUUUUCGUGCUUUGACCAUUCUCAAUUUUAUUUUUCUUCCCUUUA